UUGUUCUUCCAUUUGUCCGAAAACGUCACCGUUUGCCUCCGAAUUAGUACCGACAAUCGACGGUAUUUGCUUGAUGAAAUUUCAGAGGGGGAGAAGUUGAAAUCGAACGACAGGCGAGCUUCCGGCCUGAUGGCGUAUCCGAGGAUCGGCCGGUCCGACGUGCCGGUCUCUAACCUAAAUUUCAACCGUCGCCACGUCAUGGAGCCAGACACCGAUUUCCAAUUUUACAGCCCGCAGUUGGACUCCGUUCCGGACAAAGAUUACGAAGACGUUCGCAAUACAGCCGGCGGAUCCGUUGGAAGAUCGAUGAAUCUUAAACACGUAGACAAAUUUCCAAAGGAAGCGUCAUGGUUGAUUUCAGAUCGUAUCCGUUUGGCAAAAGAUUAUCGACCUUGGCAGAAGAUCGACGAGGGAAGAUUUGUUUAUCCUGGCUCGUUCUCGAAACAGCCAACCGAACGGUUACACGCCUCGACUUGGCCGCGAGAACGACGUGGACCGAGCCGGCUGCAAAUGAUCUCCGAGGAUUUUCACACUGGCCGCCCGUAUGGAACUCACGCGAUCCGAAAUCUAAACGUAUCUCUAUCCAGUGACCAGCUGCCCACGAACGAUGCCAAACGAACUCCCUUUAAUCCUGCCAGGAGCUUUUUAGCAAGUGUUGAAUUAACGUCUCUUGAAUUUAUUUGUUGGUUUCCCACGGAAAGUAGACAGAUACUUAAAGGCCUUCGUGGCCUUUCUCCGAAUAUCGUUCUGUCCGAGAAUUUGACAGAAUUUUCCAUUCGACGUGCCACGAUCGACGAGUUAAAUUCGACAAUCAAUUCAACCGCGUUGCAUGAGGAUAUUUUGUAUCGGUGAUUCUGGAAAAGCUGGCAAUUCUGCUCGAAACAGAAUCGUGGAACUCUUGAUCGCGGCCAUUCAGAUUCGUCGUGUCUUCUGGAAAUGCGAAUCGACGACUCUGAAU